UCUAAAAAUAGGUCCCGAAAUGACGCUCUUUCCUCUACACUCAAAUCCACCUUAAUUCAAGGAGACUUCACGAUCAAAAUGAGUCUUCUCACUCGAUAUUAAUCUAUUUAUACUAAUUUUAUUUUCAUUCCCAAAAAAAUAAAAAUUCAUUCCAAAAAAAUCCUCUGUUUUGCCCUAAGUUUCCAUCAAUGUCGACCUCUGUAACUCCAUUGCUCAAAGAUGAGCUCGACAUUGUUAUCCCCACCAUUAGAAACCUUGAUUUUCUCGAAAUGUGGCGGCCAUUUUUCCAACCAUAUCAUUUGAUCAUCGUACAAGAUGGUGAUCCUACAAAGAAAAUUAUGGUUCCUGAAGGAUUUGAUUAUGAACUUUAUAAUAGAGAUGAUAUCAACAGAAUUCUGGGUCCAAAAGCUAAUUGUAUCUCAUUCAAGGAUUCUGCUUGCCGUUGUUUUGGUUAUAUGGUUUCUAAGAAGAAGUAUAUCUACACCAUUGAUGAUGAUUGCUUUGUUGCCAAGGACCCAUCCGGCCAAGACAUCAAUGCUCUCCAGCAGCACAUUAAGAAUUUGCUGUGCCCAUCAACACCAUUCUUCUUCAACACAUUAUACGACCCUUUUCGUGAUGGUGCUGACUUUGUGCGAGGAUACCCCUUCAGUUUACGCGAGGGUGUUCCUACUGCUGUUUCUCAUGGUCUGUGGCUCAACAUCCCUGAUUAUGACGCACCCACUCAGCUUGUUAAGCCUCUUGAGAGGAACAAAAGGUAUGUUGAUGCAGUUUUGACUAUCCCCAAGGGCACAUUGUUCCCCAUGUGUGGUAUGAACUUGGCUUUUGAUCGUGAGCUCAUCGGUCCAGCUAUGUACUUUGGUCUCAUGGGCGAUGGUCAGCCUAUAGGACGUUACGAUGAUAUGUGGGCUGGAUGGUGUGUUAAGGUCAUCUGUGAUCAUUUGGGAUUAGGAGUCAAGACAGGUCUCCCAUAUAUUUUCCAUAGUAAGGCAAGCAACCCCUUCACAAACUUAAGGAAAGAAUACAAGGGUAUUUUUUGGCAAGAAGAGAUCAUUCCCUUCUUCCAAUCUGCUGUCAUUCCCAAAGAUUGCACCACAGUUCAGCAGUGCUAUAAAGAACUCUCCAAGCAAGUCAAGGAUAAGCUAGCCAAAGUAGAUCCUUACUUCGACAAGCUCGCUGACGCAAUGAUCACAUGGAUCGAAGCAUGGGACGAGCACAACCCACCAAGCUCCAAGUCGCCUAACGACGAUUCCAAGUAGAUUGAUCACUGAUCAAAUAACUGGUUUAGUCUUAUCAGUUUUUAUGUUUUAUUUUAAACUCUUACGGCCCGUUUGGUAGGUGGUAAUAAACGGUGGUAAUAGGGAAUGAAAAAUUAGUGUAAUUUUGGUUGAAAAAUCUCUUUGGUACCUUGAUGGUUAUGCUUGUUCAACU